GCCAGUGCCAGAGCGGCGCUGUGAUGAUGGCUAUGGAAACGUUGUGAAACCCUUUAGAACCCUAUUAUGUGCCGAUAGUACUGCAUCAAACCUGCACUUCUUUUUCGCACCCGUAUAGAGGAUCGAAGGACUGCUCCGUGAUGUCAUUCUGCCACUCGUGGUGGAUUAAAUCCUAUCGAAAAACACUAGGCCUUGGCAAUUCAUUGUCGUAACCUUCUGGAUAAUCGGUUAUCGCACACCCGGUGUGAGUAUACCUCUUGCUGCUUCAUCCUUCCUCUUGGAUUAUCGUGUCCGGUUGUAAGCAGUCGAGUGUUCGGAAAGACCUCGACUGCCAACGUCUGUAGUAAUGCUGGUGCAACAACCGGACUUGCCAUUUUUUACAAUCACUGGCGAGUACUAUCCUUUGUCUUCAACUCCUUCAACUCUCACCCAACCCCAACUUCCCGGUGCGAUUUUCGGUGUAUCUCUACCAACAGCGGUUAUCCAAAGUCACCAGCUUGCUCUUCGUAGACUCAUAAAUUCGGAACCGCUUUGCCAGGCCAAUCCGUUCAAGCAAUCGUCCCAGACAGGACAACAUUCUUCCAGCCCAUAUUUUAACCCACCUACUCCCAGCACAAAUACCAUGCCACGUCCAUCACAGCCCAAGGCGAAUCCGGAUCCGGGUAAUUCAGCAUUUCCAGGACCACCAGCCCCCAUAAUUGCUGGAGGGAAGCGUGGUGCUUCUGCAGUGUCCGCUACAGCCGUUCUGCCGUCUGCUCCUGCAACCGGUGCUCCCGCCGACUCUGGAGAGCAACCUCCUCUACGUCUCCCACCGAAAUUGUCGGAAGCGGAACGCAUGAUGCACGUUCAGCGAUGGGUCAAUCAUCUCCCUUGGCCUGGGUCUGAUACGAAUUCAAGUAUGCUGCAAACCCAUUGGGGCUACAGCAACCUCCCUGGAUACCGACACAUAGAUGAAGAUCGGGAACCCACUCCUCCUCCGAGCAGGACUUAUUUGUCUCGACUACCGUUCACUCCUGAAGAGGAGCAGAUUAUGAUCCGGUACUUUACCACGAACUCAGAUUACCGUCACCAGCAUCCAUCCGUCGCCCUCAAUCCGUAUCACUCCAACCAGCAUCUUCCUUAUCACAACCAACGUACAGCGGCACUUCACCAGGCGGCUGCAAAUCAACAUUUAACAAUUUCAGCUCAGCAGGCAAACCAUGGUUUGCUGAGCGGUGGUGAAUUAGAGCCAGGUCGCUGUGGACCUGACCGAAAACCUGGAACAAAUAGAAACGUGGACGGUGACACCACCGGAGGUAAUCGAUUUUUCGCCGAAUGGGAAAUUCGGUUGAUCAGUCAUUUGUUCCACGAAUACUUUCCUGGCCGUCCGGAACCAAUGGGCAGCUGUGGUGUUCUACCAUCCGUUGGUGAGGUUCGGUCGCGUAUAGCUACCUCUCGUCUAAAAGAGACUCGUACGGCCACGGCUGUUCGGUCAAAGAUCAAGCGCAUGCAAUCGUCAGGGACAUGGUUUGAAUACCAGUAGCAAUGUGGACAACAACAGUAACAGUAGUAAUAGUACUAGUACUAAUAUCUCCAUUUGCAUUUCUCCGAAUGAGCUGCAUCGCGUUAUUCGCGAGUAGUCUUCGUUUCGCUGUGAUUGUCGGACAACAGUCCAUGACUGCAUGCGCAAGACAUUUAUGUAUAGCCUACUCACAGCUUUCCACUCCGUUUUAGAUUUCCCUGACAAAAAGAUGCAUCUCAUGCAACCUCGCUGCCCCCCACCACCUUCCCAUGGUUCUUGCGUUUUCCGUGUUUCUCGGUGAAUCUGUUUUUGUAUAUCGGUCUCAGCUCAAGGCGUGUACUUCCCAUCCUCACCUUCCGCGUGAUGUUCGAUUCUCCUUAUUUCCAAGUUAGAGCCAAACUCCGAUGUGUUGGAUACAGCUCUAUUCAGGUUUUAUCUGUGUAUCGUUGUCUUGUUCGUCGUCUAUUUGGGGUUGUGCGUACGUGACCUUUUCGCACCCAAGCCUUUCCUCUUCCCCACGUGACCGAAAGCGCUGGUUCCCGUUUUUCCCACUCGCAUUAUUUGUACCUACUAGAGCGUUCAGAAAGACUGGCUUCUGGUGAACCAUUGUGUGAUCGUCUCACCGAGAUUGAAUACGGUUCGGGCUCGGCAUUUUUUCCAGCCUUGCUCCGCCUCGACCAUAGUCUUUGCGAUAAUCGUGACCGAUGUUUAUGUAUUUCAUUUUCUGUGCUUUUAAUUAGUCAAAACAAAAUCACGU